AGAGACAGUCUUCCCAGUAAUCUUUGCUUGCGUCAAAUGGGUGUGUUUGCUAGGGAAAGGAUUGAAAAACGAGCAAUGUUUGGACCCUUCCGUGGACGGAAGAUACCUUUGAAGGAAAUGAAUUUUGAAGGGAGUGCCAACAUUAUGAACAUGUGGGAGGUAAGGGUUAAUUACACCAUGUUUGAUCAUAGCUUUUUUAAUAACUUGUCUAAUAGGAUGGUACAUUAUAUACCUAAUGGUCCCAUGUGAAAGUACGUUUGAAAAGGUGUCAUUUCAUCCACAGACUCAAAGUGCAGAACUACAGCUGUACAUACUCAAUAAAUAGUACCAUGUGAAAGUACUGCUGAAGAGGUUUUAUUUGAAUUGUUACACAAUAGUAUUUCAUCGACAGACUCAAGAUUUAGAACUACAUACCAAAUAAAAUAGUAGCAUUUGAAAGUACUGCUGAAGAAGUUUCAUUUAAAUUGUCACACUGUAGGAUUUCAUCCACAGACUCAAAAGUUACAACCAUACAUACUAAAUAGAUGGUACCAUGUGAACGUACUGCUGAAGAGGUUUCAUUUGAAUUGUUACACCAUAGGAUUUCAUCCACAGACUCAUAAGUUAGGACUACAUACUAAAUAAAUAGUAUCAUUGUGAAAGUACUUCUGAAGAGGUUUCUUUUGAAUUCGGUUACACCAUACGUGUAGGAUUUCAUCCACAGACUCAACAGUUAGAACUACAUACUAAAUAAAAUAAUAGUACCAUGUGAAAGUUCUGCUGAAGAGGUUUCAUUUGAAUUAUUACACCAUAGGACUUCAUCCACAGACUCAAAAGCUACAACCACCUUUCAAGACUGCAUCACUGACUCUGAAAAUGAAAGGGGUUUAAAUGUUGUUCCAGUGCAACUUGUAACCUUCUGAUGUUUGUUCGCCAGGUUUUUGAAGGUGGAACAGUCAGCUACGUUAUUGAUGGUACAGAUGAAGAUCACAGUAACUGGAUGCGGUUUGUGAAUUGUGCACGUGACGACAAAGAACAGAACCUCCUGCAAGUGCAGUACCGUGGUGAGAUCUACUUCAAGACCCUUGUACCCGUGGAGGCAGGCAGUGAACUGUUGGUGUGGUAUCAGGAU